AUGGCAACUAGUAACAAUGAAAUAUCUGAAGGUUUAUUAAACACUGAUCUAUGGGAUCGACUCGAUUUUCAUUUAGGAUCCUAUGUAAAAUCUCCAAUACAAUUACGUUAUGUUAGUUCAAAAACGUCCACUAUUGGUCGAGCAUUACAACUUGCUAUAGUUGAUUUAAUUGAUCAUGUUAAACGAAAAUUUGCGGAUUACGCAGAAGAUAAUUCAACUCUUCUCGGUACUGAAAAUCGUUUAUAUCAUUCACGUCAAUAUUCAUUAACUGCGAAAGACGCUAAUAUCGAAUCUUUUCAAUCAAAUGGUAUUGACGAUAAACUGAAUAUUGAAAUAGGUUCAUUAGCUCCAACGAUUUUCUAUCAAUUACGCGAAGACAUCGGUAUAUCAAACGAAAAAUUUCGUCAAUCAUUUUCUGAACAUGGUUUAAAAGAUUUUACAAAUACAGGCAAAAGUGGUUCGUUGAUGUAUAAAACAUCGGACAAUUUGUUUAUUCUAAAAACUCUACGCGAAUAUGAAGCACGUUUAUUAAUUCAAAUUCUACAAGGUUAUUCGAUACAAUUUCGGCAACGACCAACAAUGUUUAAUCGUUACACUGGAUUAUAUUCCAUCCGUUUAGAAUCAUCAUUAUCGAAUUUUACAAUUUAUGUUGUUGUUAUGGUUAACGCGUUUACACCGUCAUUAAAAAUAAACGAAAUAUUCGAUUUAAAAGGCUCAACAAUAAAUCGAAAAAUCACUGGAUAUUUAUCAACGGAAAAAUUCUAUAAAUUGAAAGAUAUGGAUUUUAAAGAGUUGUAUCCUGCGGGUAUACGUAUACCAACGAAUAUUUUCCGAAAAUUAAAAACUACACUGGCUAAUGAUGCGAAAGCUUUAAGAAAAUUGAACGUAACAGAUUUUUCAUUAAUAGUUGGAAUUCGACAUUUAGAUAUGUCGAAAACUCAAAUGGUAGACCGUCAACAAAUAACAGGCAUUACAGCUCUUCUUCGCGCAACAAACAGUCUUACGUCAAUACAUCAGAAAGAUCUUGCUGUUGAUGCUUCACCAUCAAUUGUUGAGUGUGAAGUUAAUGCUUCACUUAAUUCAUAUUUGAAACCUUUGGAAAUGCUCCAAGAAAAACUUGAUAUGGAUUUAUAUUAUAAUAAUGAUUCAGUUGCUUAUGAGACUUUACCCAUUCCGGGUAUUAUAAAUAAUACGAAUAAGCGUGUUUAUAUUUAUUUGGCUCUGGUUGAUAUGCUUCAAACAUUUGAUAGUUUUAAACUUAUCGAUCAAGCAUUUCGAAAAAUUACGGAUCCUAAUCGACAUCUUGAAUAUUCUGUUAUUGAACCAAAUGAUUAUGAACAACGUUUCAUUCAAUUUCUAUUUACAGAUGUAUUUUAUGAUGCUAAUAAUGAUUUCCCAUGGGCUAUUACUGAUGUUAGUCAAUCAGUUGCGAAUAUUAAUAAUGUCAAGAUUAAGAAAAAGAAAAGAAGUGAAGAAAACCAUCAAACUGAUUCACCUAAGUCUGCAGUUCAUGGAACUAAUUCAGAAGAAAUUCUUGAAUUUCAUUUUUAA